AUGACCCCGCCCCAUUCUCCCUCCUUCCAUUACCCCGCCCCAUUCUCCCGCUUUCCAUCACCCCGCCCCAUUCUCCCGCUUUCGAUCACCCCGUCCCAUUCUCCCGCUUUCCAUCACCACGCCCCAUUCUCCAGCUUUCCAUCACCCCGUCCCAUUCUCCCUCUUUCCAUCACCCCGCCCCAUUCUCCCGCUUUCCAUCACCCCGCCCGAUUCUCCCGCUUUUCAUCACCCCGCCCCAUUCUCCCGCUUUCCAUCACCCCGCCCCAUUCUCCCGCUUUCCAUCACCCCGCCCCGUUCUCCCGCUUUCCAUCACCCGCUCCAUUCUCCCGUCUUCCAUCACCCCGCCCCAUUCUCCCGCUUUCCAUCACCCCGCCCCAUUCUCCCGCUUUCCAUCACCCCGCCCCAUUCUCCCGCUUUCCAUCACCCCGUCCCAUUCUCCCGCUUUCCAUCACCCCUCCCCGUUCUCCCUCCUUCCAUCACCCCGCCCCAUUCUCCCGCUUUCCAUCACACCGCCCUAUUCUCACGCUUUCCAUCACCCCGCCCCAUUCUCCUGCUUUCCAUCACCCCGCCCCAUUCUCCCUCCUUCCAUCACCCCGCCCCAUUCUCCCGCUUUCCAUCAACCGCUCCAUUCUCCCGCUUUCCAUCACCCCGCCUCAUUCUCUCGCUUUCCAUCACCCCGCCCCAUUCUUCCGCAUUCCAUCACCCCGCCCCAUUUUCCCGCUUUGCGUCACCCCGCCCUAUUCUCCCGCUUUCCAUCACCCCGCCCCAUUCUCCCGCUUUCCAUCACCCCGCCCCAUUCUCCCGCUUUCCAUCACCCCGUCCCAUUCUCCCGCUUUCCAUCACCCCUCCCCAUUCUCCCUCCUUCCAUCACCCCGCCCCAUUCUCCCGCUUUCCAUCACACCGCCCUAUUCUCACGCUUUCCAUCACCCCGCCCCAUUCUCCUGCUUUCCAUCACCCCGCCCCAUUCUCCCUCCUUCCAUCACCCCGCCCCAUUCUCCCUUCUUCCAUAACCCCGCCCCAUUCUCCCGCUUUCCAUCAGCCCGCCCCAUUCUCCCGCUUUCCAUCACCCCGCCCCAUUCUCCCGCUUUCCCUCACCCCGCCCCAGCCCAAUCUCCCUCCUUCCAUCACCCCACCCCAUUCUCCCUCCUUGCAUCACCCCGCCCCAUUCUCCCGCUUUCCAUCACCCCGCCCCAUUCUCCCGCUUUCCUUCACCCCGCCCCAUUCUCCCGCUUUCCAUCACCCCGCCCCAUUCUCCUGCUUUCCAUCACCCCGCCCCAUUCUCCCUCCUUCCAUCACCCCGCCCCAUUCUCCCUUCUUCCAUAA